CGCUCGGGUGAGGUAGCGCGUGCCAGAGGAAAGAUGGCAGCGCCGGCGAAGGGCAUGUGGUGCUCCCUGGGAACAUUGCUGCGGGUGGUCCAGACUCGGGACCUGGACGCUCGGCGCUGGGUCCGGGCGCUGCGGCGUAGCCCGGUGAGAGUGUUGUCUCCCUCGGGACAGGUAGAGGAACGGAAGCGCGCUCCUGACAAGCAGCCCCGCAAGGCCGUCCCUAAGGCCAGUUCCCAGGGGCAGCGACAGAAACAGCCUCUUGAGACGUCUCCAUCCCAGACUCCUCACACCUGGGAAGAGGCAGGGCUUCGCUACGAUAAGGCCUUUCCCGGGGACAAGAGGCUAAGCAGUGUGAUGACAAUAGUUAAGUCCAGGCCUUUUCGGGAAAAGCAAGGGAAGAUCCUGCUGGAAGGUCGCAGACUGAUUGCAGAUGCUCUCAAGGCUGGGGCUGUGCCAAAAAUGUUCUUUUUUAGCCGUCUGGAAUACAUCAAGGAGUUGCCGGUAGAUAAGCUGAAAGGUGUCAGCCUCAUUAAGGUGAAAUUUGAGGAUAUCAAGGAUUGGUCGGACCUAGUAACGCCUCAAGGAAUAAUGGGGAUUUUUGCCAAACCUGACCCUGUUAAGAUGACAUAUCCAGAGACUCAGCUUCACCAUUCACUGCCCCUAGUAUUGAUUUGUGACAAUCUCCGUGACCCUGGGAACCUGGGGACAAUCCUGAGAUCUGCAGCUGGAGCAGGCUGCAGUAAAGUCUUACUCACCAAAGGCUGUGUGGAUGCCUGGGAGCCUAAAGUGCUCCGGGCAGGCAUGGGGGCGCAUUUCCAGGUGCCCAUUGUGAACAACGUGGAAUGGGAAACAGUGCCCAACCACUUGCCUCCUGACACCCGAGUCUAUGUGGCAGACAACUGUGGUCUCUAUGCCCAGGUUCAGAUGUCUAAUAAUACCGGUGACCGUGACUGGGCAUGUGAUCGCCGAUUCUUAAAGUUUCACAAGUGUGAAGAGGACCUAGACACUAAAACCGGAAAAGACUGGCUUCCCCAACUUGAGGUCCAGAGUUAUGAUUUGGACUGGACAGAAGCACCAGCAGCUGUGGUGAUUGGUGGGGAGACACACGGAGUGAGCCUGGAGUCCCUGCAGUUGGCUGAGAGUACUGGAGGCAAGAGACUGCUGAUCCCCGUCGUACCUGGUGUGGACAGCCUGAAUUCAGCCAUGGCUGCCAGCAUCCUGCUCUUUGAAGGCAAAAGGCAGCUGAGGAUAAAGGUGGAAGACGUGAGCAGGGACAGGCGUUACCACUGAUGGAGCACAGGAAUGCUCAGUGUGAGGGGAAGGGCCCCUCCAGCCCCUGCUCUGCUGGACCAAUGCUAGGAGGCUGGCCAAGGUGACAACACCGGAGCCAGGAGGUAGGCAUUGCCACCAUUGUGUGGGACUAAAAAAAUAUGAGUUUCUAUUAGUUUCUGCUAUUCCUUAUUAAACAACAAAGGUCAAAAUUCUUUUUUGUUUUACUUAUAUGAGUAUUGGUCUGCAUGUAUGUACACUAUACCAUGAGUAUGCCUGUUACCUGGCAGAGGUCAGUAGAGGUAUUAUAUCCCCUGGAACUGGACUUAUGGAUGGUCAUGAAUCACCUUGUGAGUAUUAGGUACUGAAACUGUGUUCUCUGGAAGAGCAGCAGGUGCUCUAACCACUGAGCAAACUCUCUGGACCGAUCAAAAUUCUCCCUACCAUCUCCCAUAUCCACUAGUUUUGAGAUUGUAACUUUUUUCUAGUGUGUACUAGAUAAACGCUCUGCCAACAGAGCUGCAUUCCCACUGCCUGGGUGUUCCUGGCUACGGGGCAUGGCAGCCAGCAGCCAGCGGUUCUUUGGUCUUUUCUGCAGCCAUCGCUGAGCUGACGUGUCCAGGCCUUCAGUUCCACAGGCAGCUGAUGUGUAUUUUCCACCUUUGUGGUAAACCAACAGAAGCAGUUCAUCAGGUGGUGUCGUGCCUUCUUAGCACAGCUCCUCUGCAAAGCUAUUUGUUUGUUUUGAGACUGGGUCUCACUCUAUAGCCCUGGACAGUCUGGAACUUGAUAUAUAGACCAGAGUGGCCUUGAACAUAGAGAGUCACCUGCCUCUGUGUCCAGAGUGCUAGGAGCAAAGGUGUCUCUGCCAGGCCUGUUUUAUAGACUUCUUUGCGAAGAUUCUGUGUGAGAAAAGGUUAGACCUUGAGUCUACCUUGCAGCAUAACUGCUGCUAGAAGUGCCAGCUUGCCCACCAGCUCCUUGCUGUUAGUGUGGGUUUUGUGACACUUGAUUAAAUGCUGUGAUUUAGGAGACAGCCAGACGGCCCAGGAGUAAAGGCACUUACUGUCUAAGCCUGGUGACCUGAGUUCCAAAACCAACCUCACAGAGUCUUUCCCUGACCUCCGCACACAGUGACGAUCUAAGGGCUACAGAGAUGGCUCAGCAGUUAAGGGCGGCUAACUGACAGCCAGAGGACCCCGGUCGAAUUUCCAGCACUCAUGUUGUGUGGAUCACAACCACCUUUAACUUCAUCUCCAAGUGAUCUGCUCCUUCUUCUGGCUUCCUCAGAUAUGUAUACUCAGAUGUGUACAAACACAGACACAUUCAUAUACAUGUAAUUAAAAAUAAAAAAAUUACAUUUCUA